ACAACUUGCAGUCUGAUGUGGAGGUCAUUCUUUAAGAAUGGGUGUUUGGUUUCCCUCAAGCUGAAGACAGAAUUAAAUCCAACUCAUGAACUUUCUAAACAAGUGGACCAAUAAACAAAUACUGCAGCUGUACAAAAAACAAAAACAAAACCAGAAACAAAACAAAAACCAAACCAAAAAAGAAACAAAAAAAAAAAACCCACAAGUAUUUCUACCCUCCUCUGCUAAGUGUCCAAUGCCUGCCCCAAGAAAAUCAAUAGAAAAUUAAAUUUCUUCAAGUUUCUUGAUUAGAUUUUCAGAGAAUAAAAGUUAUUCAUCUUCUUUAGAGAGUUUGGGGCUACAAAUCAAGAGUAAUAGUAUUUUAUUCCCUACACCAGUAGGGAAGUGUACCUAUAAUAUAUCUGAAGAACAGUAUUUAAGCUACAAACUUGUGCCAAAUUCCUCCAAUAGGUAAGUUGCUCAUAAAGCAGAAGGGUUUUUUCUAACCUCUAUGAGAACUAAGAUCAGCACAGUGUUCUGAAUGCUGCUCAGGAGGUUAGACAAGUGAAAGUUGUUUUUAGUCUCUGUGAGCCUUAAGAGAUGCCUAUGGGAGACAAACCAACCAGAUUUGCAUCACAUUUAAAAUAAAGGGCUUUGAGUUGACUAUCAUCACAGAGGAGUAAAAUCUUCUAAUUAUGACAGAUAAUUCCAGACAGUCAUCAGCUCAGCACCCCAUAGUGGUCAAAAAAGCACAAAUUUUACAUCAGGAAUUAGUGGGACCACAGAACAGAAAAUCAGACUACUGGGUAUAUCCAAGGCAGGUCCACAGUGUGAAAGCUAUGUGUGGAGCUGGUUCCCUCGCUUAAAGAAAGGAUACAGCAAAACUGGAAAGAGGCAGAGAAGAGCACUAGAGAGGACUGAAAACACAGAACAGAGAUCACCCCCGAAGAACAUUCCAGGAAAGAGGCAAUUCACCCGGCACAGGCUGCAAGUUCACAAAAUCACCAGCGGACGGGGGAAGAGCACGCACUGAUCCUUCACUGUCACCCACAGUACAAGAAUUACAGCUCUGGGAUACCAAAUGAAACCAGAUGCAGAGGGGAAAAAAAGCCGGAGCAGCGGCUGCGGGCGGCGCCGAUCCUGAUUCCUCCCAGCUCUGGCCGUGCCCCAGGACCGGCCCGGCCGGGCCGCCAGCAAGAGUUGGACUCGGUGAUCUUUAUGGAUCUCUUCCAGCUCAGGAUUUUCCGUGAUUUUAUGAAAGGCGGCUCCCAGCCCCGCCGCAGGUGUGCGCCGGGCCCCGAGCAGCAGUCCUCAGGCACCACCAGAUUAUCAAGAGAGAGGCGCCCCAGCGCUCCCCAACGAUGGCAGGGAAAAGAGUCCUGAUAGUCUAUGCACAUCAAGAGCCCAAGUCCUUCAAUGGAUCUUUGCUGAAGAUUGCUGUGGAAGAACUGACCAAGCAGGGCUGCAGCGUCACCGUGUCGGAUUUAUACGCCAUGCAGUUUGAGCCCAGAGCAACAAGAAAUGACAUUGUUGGUCACCUGCACAACUCAGAAGCCUUCAAUUAUGGUGUGGAAACCUGGGAAGCUUACAAGAGAGGAGGUUUGUCCAAAGAUCUGGUUGAAGAGCAGAAGAAGGUGCAGGAAGCAGACUUGCUGAUUUUUCAGUUCCCCUUGUUUUGGUUCAACAUGCCUGCAAUCCUGAAGGGCUGGAUGGACAGAGUCUUGGUCCAAGGCUUUGCUUAUGAUUUGUCAAAGGCUUAUGAUGGUGGCUUACUCCAGGACAAAUUAUCCUUGUUUUCUUUCACCACGGGAGGAAGCAAAGAGAAGUAUGCAAUCAGAGGUGAUAUUCGCUAUCUGCUAUGGCCCAUGCAGCAUGGAAUCAUGCACUUCUGUGGUGUCAAAGUCCUUGAACCUCACAUCUGUUAUGCUCCAGAGAAUGUCUCCGAGGAGAAGAGGAAGGAGAUGCUGACUGCCUGGACCCAGCGUCUGAAGACUCUUUGGAAGGAAGAACCCAUAGACUGCUCUCCUGAGUGGUAUUUCAAGUAGUGUUCAGGUGUAAGACUACAGAGAGAAGGGUUUUUUCCUUAAUUCUUUUUGAUGUUCUAUCUAAAUACAUGAACUCUAAUCUCCUAUUUCAAAUAUAUUUUAAGAAUCUUGUAUACUACAUCUAGAAGUUUAACUGAAACACAGCAUUUAUCUUCACUGAUUCCCAAGGGAUUCCCUCCAAGGAUGGGUGCAAAACUCUGUGUUGUUCUCCUUGCUCACAUGAACGGUGUCAUUCUGCCUCCUUGUGGAUGAGAACACAUGUGAUAUUUCACGGCAGAUUAUGCCAUUGCUGCUUGUCAAACAGUAAAGUACAUGGCCAAGUUAAUUUUAUCACUGUA